ACUCUGAUGUUGCUGUCAAAGGGUCUGCCCUAAGCCGUACCAGCUCACCGUAAUAUGGUUUUGUCAUCACCAGGAAAUAAAAUGUACUUACACCUGAACUGAAUUAUUUAAAUAAUAACUCCCCUGGACGACCAGCCAUUCAGGAUUGCUUGCCGAUUUAUAUCUCACGCGUCCGCCUCCUGAUUUCCACAGUUUUCGGAGCCUGCCAGGGUCGCGCCGAUAUGGCAGAGCAGGAUACGCCCGCCAAGAAGCCGCCCGCCGUGGCCGCCCUGCACUCCCACUUCAUCAUCGGCUCGGUGUCGGAGGAGAACUCGGAGGACGAGAUCCUGGGCAAAACGGAAAUGCAGCUGGAGGAGAAGGAGAGGUCCCUGUCGCCGUCGUCCGUCAGCUCGGACAGCUUGUACGAGCUGGGCUUCGACAGCAUGGACGGGCCCAACAUGCACAACAUGAGGCCCAGUAUGUCAGGGCUGCACCUGGUCAAGCAAGGCCGUGAACGGCGGCGUAUAGACCUGCAGAGGGACUUCACCGUGGCCUCGCCCGCUGAGUUUGUCACCAGGUUCGGGGGUAACAAAGUCAUCGAGAAGGUCCUCAUCGCCAACAACGGGAUCGCGGCGGUCAAGUGCAUGCGCUCCAUCCGCCGCUGGGCCUACGAGAUGUUCCGGAAUGAGCGCGCCAUCCGCUUCGUCGUCAUGGUGACGCCGGAGGACCUGAAGGCCAACGCCGAGUACAUUAAGAUGGCAGACCACUACGUGCCUGUGCCAGGAGGGACCAACAACAACAACUACGCUAAUGUGGAGCUCAUUCUGGACAUUGCCAAGCGUAUACCCGUGCAGGCCGUCUGGGCGGGCUGGGGCCACGCUUCCGAGAACCCCAAACUUCCAGAGCUGCUGCACAAGAACGGCAUCGCUUUCAUGGGUCCCCCCAGCCAGGCCAUGUGGGCGCUUGGGGACAAGAUCGCCUCGUCCAUCGUGGCCCAGACUGCUGGAAUCCCCACGCUGCCCUGGAGCGGGGCAGGGCUGACGGUGGAGUGGACCGAGACCGACCUGAAGAAGGGGAUCAUCAAUGUCCCUCCAGAGCUGUACGAGCAAGGCUGCAUCCAGGAUGUGGAGGACGGGCUGAAGGCCGCAGAGAAGGUGGGCUACCCGGUGAUGGUCAAGGCCUCUGAGGGGGGCGGAGGAAAAGGGAUCCGGAAGGUCAACAGCGCAGACGACUUCCCCAACCUGUUCAGACAGGUCCAGACGGAGGUGCCUGGCUCUCCCAUCUUCGUUAUGCGGCUGGCCAAGCACGCCCGCCACCUGGAGGUGCAGAUCCUGGCGGACCAGUAUGGCAACGCCAUCUCGCUCUUCGGCCGUGACUGCUCCGUGCAGCGGCGCCACCAGAAGAUCAUCGAGGAGGCCCCCGCCACCAUCGCCACCUCUGACGUGUUCGAGGACAUGGAGAAGUGUGCUGUGAAGCUGGCGAAGAUGGUGGGCUAUGUGAGCGCGGGCACGGUGGAGUACCUGUACAGCCAGGACGGCAGCUUCUACUUCCUGGAGCUCAACCCCCGUCUGCAGGUGGAGCACCCCUGCACUGAAAUGGUGGCGGACGUCAACCUGCCCGCCGCCCAGCUGCAGAUCGCCAUGGGGAUCCCCCUCCAUCGGAUAAAGGACAUCCGCAUGCUGUACGGGGUGCAGCCCUGGGGAGACACACCCGUCGACUUCGAGGGCCUGUCCACAACCCCCUCUCCCCGGGGCCACGUUAUCGCUGCCCGAAUCACCAGCGAGAACCCCGACGAGGGGUUCAAGCCCAGCUCGGGCACGGUGCAGGAGCUGAACUUCCGCAGCAACAAGAACGUGUGGGGCUACUUCAGCGUGGCGGCCGCCGGCGGGCUGCACGAGUUCGCCGACUCGCAGUUCGGCCACUGCUUCUCCUGGGGGGAGAACCGGGAGGAGGCCAUCUCUAACAUGGUGGUGGCCCUGAAGGAGCUGUCAAUCCGAGGGGACUUCAGGACCACAGUAGAGUACCUCAUUAAACUGCUGGAGACCGAGAGCUUCCAGCACAACAGUAUCGACACAGGCUGGCUGGACCGGCUCAUUGCAGAGAAGAUGCAGGCCGAGCGGCCGGACACCAUGCUGGGCAUAGUGAGCGGAGCUCUCCAUGUGGCCGACGUCAACCUCAGGAACAGCGUCUCCAACUUCCUGCACUCUCUGGAAAGGGGCCAGGUGCUGCCGGCCCAUACCCUGCUGAACACGGUGGAUGUGGAGCUCAUCUACGAGGGCACCAAGUACGUGCUGAAGGUGACACGCCAGUCGCCCAACUCCUACGUGGUGAUCAUGAACAGCUCCUACGUGGAGGUGGAUGUGCACCGGCUCAGCGACGGUGGCCUGCUGCUCUCCUACGAUGGCAGCAGCUACACCACCUACAUGAAGGAGGAGGUGGACAGGUACCGCAUCACCAUCGGGAACAAGACGUGUGUGUUCGAGAAGGAGAAUGACCCGUCGCUGCUGCGCUCGCCCUCGGCGGGGAAGCUCAUCCAGUACACCGUGGAGGACGGCGGCCACGUGUUCGCCGGCCAGUGCUACGCCGAGAUCGAGGUGAUGAAGAUGGUGAUGACGCUGACGGCGGCGGAGUCGGGCUGCAUACACUACGUGAAGCGGGCGGGGGCGGUGCUGGAACCGGGCUGCGUCAUCGCCAAGCUGCAGCUGGACGACCCCAGCAGGGUGCAGCAGGCGGAGCUGCACACGGGGGCCCUGCCCAGUAUCCAGUCUGUGGCCCUGAGGGGUGAGAAGCUGCACAGGGUCUUCCACAACACGCUGGACCACCUGCUGCACAUCAUGAACGGGUUCUGCCUGCCCGAGCCCUUCUUCAGCACCAAGCUGAAGGAGUGGGUGGAGAGGCUGAUGAAGACCCUGCGGGACCCCUCCUUACCCCUGCUGGAGCUGCAGGACAUCAUGACCAGCGUUUCGGGACGCAUCCCCCCGGCCGUGGAGAAGGCCAUCAAGAAGGAGAUGGCCCAGUACGCCAGCAACAUCACCUCCGUGCUCUGCCAGUUCCCCAGCCAGCAGAUCGCGAACAUCCUUGACAGCCACGCCGCCACGCUGAACCGCAAGUCCGAGCGUGAGGUCUUCUUCAUGAACACGCAGAGCAUCGUGCAGCUGGUGCAGAAGUACCGCAGUGGCAUCCGCGGGCACAUGAAGGCGGUGGUGAUGGACCUGCUCAGGCAGUACCUGAAGGUGGAGGUGCAGUUCCAGAGCGGACACUACGACAAGUGUGUGUUCACGCUGCGGGAGGAGAACAAGGGCGACAUGGCCAACGUGCUGAACUACAUCUUCUCGCACGCCCAGGUCACCAAGAAGAACCUGCUGGUCACCAUGCUGAUCGUUUGUUUCUCUGUUCUCCAGGACCAGCUGUGCGGCCGCGACCCCACACUGACCGACGAGCUGAUGGCCAUCCUGACCGAGCUGACCCAGCUCAGUAAGACCACCAACGCCAAGGUGGCGCUGCGGGCCCGACAGGUGCUGAUUGCCUCUCACCUGCCCUCGUACGAGCUCCGGCACAACCAGGUGGAGUCCAUCUUCCUCUCCGCCAUCGAUAUGUACGGGCACCAGUUCUGCAUCGAAAACCUGCAGAAACUGAUCCUGUCGGAGACCUCCAUCUUUGACGUGCUGCCCAACUUCUUCUAUCACAGCAACCAGGUUGUCAGGAUGGCCGCGCUUGAGGUGUAUGUGCGCAGAGCUUACAUCGCCUACGAGCUCAACAGCGUCCAGCACCGCCAGCUGAAGGACAACACCUGCAUCGUGGAGUUCCAGUUCAUGCUGCCCACCUCCCACCCCAACAGAGGGAACAUCCCCACUCUAAACAGGAUGUCGUUCUCCUCCAACCUGAACCACUACGGCAUGGUGCACGUGGCCAGCGUGAGCGACGUGCUGCUGGACACCUCCUUCACCCCGCCCUGCCAGCGCAUGGGCGCCAUGGUCUCCUUCCGCUCCUUCCAGGAGUUCACCAGGAACAUCAGCGACGUGAUGAGCUGCUUCUCCGACUCCCCUCCCCCGAGCCCCACUUUCCCAGAGGGAGGGAACCCCGUGCUGUACGGAGAGGAGGACAGUAAGAGCGCCCAGGAAGAGCCCAUUCACAUCCUCAACGUGGCCAUCAAGACCGACAGCGAUAUCGACGACGACGGUCUGGCCAGCAUGUUCAGAGAGUUCACCCAGUCCAAGAAAUCGCUGCUGUUCGAGCAUGGCAUCCGCAGGCUGACCUUCCUUGUGGCUCAAAAGCAGGAUUUCAGAAAGCAGGUCAACUGUGAGGUGGAUCAGAGAUUCCAUAGAGAGUUUCCCAAGUUUUUCACCUUCCGGGCCAGAGACAAGUUUGAGGAGGACCGCAUCUACCGGCACCUGGAGCCGGCGCUGGCCUUCCAGCUGGAGCUGAACCGCAUGCGCAACUUUCAACUGACCGCCAUCCCCUGCGCCAAUCACAAGAUGCACCUGUACCUGGGCGCCGCCCGCGUGGAGGUCGGCACUGAGGUCACAGACUACCGCUUCUUCGUCCGCGCCAUCAUCCGCCACUCGGACCUGGUGACCAAGGAGGCUUCCUUUGAGUACCUGCACAAUGAGGCCGAGAGGCUGCUGCUGGAGGCCAUGGACGAGCUGGAGGUGGCCUUCAACAACACCACCGUCCGCACCGACUGCAACCACAUCUUCCUCAACUUUGUGCCCACUGUCAUCAUGGACCCCUCUAAGAUCGAGGAGUCUGUGCGCUCCAUGGUGAUGCGAUACGGCAGCCGGCUCUGGAAGCUGCGUGUCCUGCAGGCCGAGCUGAAGAUCAACAUCCGCCUGACGCCCACCGGCAAGCAGAUCCCCAUCCGCCUCUUCCUCACCAACGAGUCCGGCUACUACCUGGACAUCAGCCUGUACAAGGAGGUCACCGACUCCCGCACGGGACAGGUGGGGCCCAAAGACAGACAGAUCAUGUUCCAGGCGUACGGGGACAAGCAGGGCCCCCUACACGGCAUGCUGAUCAACACGCCCUACGUCACCAAGGACCUGCUGCAGUCCAAACGCUUCCAGGCCCAAUCGCUGGGCACCACCUACGUCUACGACUUCCCCGAGAUGUUCAGACAGGCUCUGAGGAAGCUGUGGCAAUCCACUGAGGCCUACGCCCACCUGCCCAAGUGCCCUCUGCCCUCCGAGCUGCUGACCUUCACAGAGCUGGUCCUGGACUCACAGGGGCAGCUGGUGCAGAUGAACCGCCUGCCCGGGGGGAACGAGAUCGGCAUGGUGGCGUGGCGGAUGACCCUCAGGACGCCUGAGUACCCGGCGGGGCGCGAGGUCAUCGUAAUCAGCAAUGACAUCACCCACAAGAUCGGCUCGUUCGGGCCGCAGGAGGAUGUGCUGUUCCAGCAGGCCUCGGAGAUGGCCCGGGAGAGCGGCAUUCCCCGCAUCUACAUCGCCGCCAACAGCGGGGCCCGCAUCGGCCUGGCCGAGGAGAUCCGCCACAUGUUCCACGUGGCCUGGCAGGACCCCGCUGACCCCUACAAGGGCUUCAAGUACCUGUACCUCACACCUCAGGACUACAAGAAGGUGUCGGCGUUGAACUCGGUGCACUGUGAGCACGUGGAGGAUGAAGGCGAGUCCAGGUACAAGAUCACUGACAUCAUCGGGAAGGAGGAGGGCCUCGGGGUGGAGAACCUGAGGGGUUCUGGGAUGAUCGCGGGCGAGUCCUCGCUGGCCUACGAGGAGGUCAUCACUAUGAACCUGGUGACGUGUCGGGCCAUCGGGAUCGGGGCGUACCUGGUCAGGCUGGGCCAGAGGACCAUCCAGGUGGAGAACUCCCACAUCAUCCUCACUGGGGCUGGAGCUCUCAACAAGGUGCUCGGCAGAGAAGUGUACACCUCCAACAACCAGCUGGGCGGCAUCCAGAUCAUGCAUAACAACGGCGUGACGCACAGCACGGUCUGUGACGACUUCGAGGGCGUCUACACCCUGCUGCAGUGGCUGUCCUACAUGCCCAAGUGCAACUCCAGCCCUGUGCCAAUCCUCAAUGCCAAAGACCCCAUCGACCGGCCCGUGGAAUUCGUGCCCACCAAGGCGCCCUACGACCCCCGCUGGAUGUUGGCGGGACGCCCUAGCCAGAGUACCAAGGGUCAGUGGCUGAGUGGCUUCUUUGAUUAUGGCUCUUUCCUGGAGAUCAUGCAGCCGUGGGCACAGAGUGUGGUGGUGGGCAGAGCCAGGCUGGGCGGGAUACCCACUGGAGUGGUCGCUGUGGAAACCAGGACUGUGGAGCUGUCGAUCCCAGCUGACCCGGCUAACCUGGACUCGGAAGCCAAGAUCAUCCAGCAGGCGGGUCAGGUGUGGUUCCCGGACUCGGCCUUCAAGACAGCGCAGGCCAUCAAGGACCUGAACCGCGAGGGGCUGCCGCUCAUCGUGUUCGCCAACUGGAGGGGCUUCUCCGGGGGCAUGAAAGACAUGUACGACCAGGUGCUGAAAUUUGGGGCCUACAUCGUGGACGGCCUGCGGGAGUACCGUCAGCCCGUGCUGGUCUACAUCCCGCCCCAGGCUGAGCUCCGGGGAGGCUCCUGGGUGGUCAUCGACCCCACCAUCAACCCGCGACACAUGGAAAUGUACGCCGACAAAGACAGCCGGGGUGGGGUGCUGGAGCCAGAGGGGACAGUGGAGAUCAAAUUCCGCAGGAAGGACCUGGUGAAGACCAUGAGGCGCGUGGACCCGGUCUACAUGAGCCUGGCGGAGAGGCUGGGCACUCCCGAGCUGAGCACCCCAGAGCGCAAGGAGCUGGAGGCCAAGCUGAAGGAGAGGGAGGAGUUCCUGCUGCCCAUCUACCACCAGGUGGCGGUGCAGUUCGCCGACCUCCACGACACCCCAGGGCGGAUGCAGGAGAAGGGAGUCAUAACGGACGUGCUGGAGUGGGGCACCUCGCGGCAGUUCUUCUACUGGCGCCUGCGGCGGCUGCUGCUGGAGGACACGGUGAAGAGGAAGAUCCAGUCGGCCAACAGCGAGCUGACGGACGGCCAGAUCCAGGCCAUGCUGCGCCGCUGGUUCGUGGAGGCCGAGGGCGCCGUCAAGGCGUACCUGUGGGACAGCAACGAGGAGGUGGUGGCCUGGAUGGAGAGGCAGCUGGCGGAGGAGGAGGGGGCCAGGUCCGUCAUCGAUGAGAACAUCAAGUACAUCCGCCGAGACCACAUCCUCAAGCAGAUCCGCAGCCUGGUCCAAGCCAACCCGGAGGUGGCCAUGGACUCCAUCGUGCACAUGACCCAGCACAUCUCGCCCACUCAGCGGGCUGAGGUGGUGCGCAUCCUGUCCACCAUGGACGCCCCCGCCUCCUCGUAGAGACCGCCCUCUGCCAAACAUUCGGGCUACUGCACACACGCACACACACGCACACACACGCACACACACACAUACACGCAUACCACAGAAGAGCCCCUGAGAUUCAUGUGCUGUGCUGGAAACUGGGGCUGGAGGAGCCAACAUGGUGCCCAUGGAGGGCUUUAGCUUUAGAGACAGUGCUGCCCUUGACGAUGUAACCCAUUGGCUAUGAUCCUGGAGGGAGAGUGAGAUGUGGCUGGACUCUCCUAGAGGGCUGACUGCCUUGGGGAAAAACUGCAGUGGAUCCAUAAUCUGGUGCACAUUUAAAACAUAUUGCAGAUGUGUUUAGAGUUUAUAUUGUACUCAUACAUGUACAUGUACACAGUCAAGUGAGAUGUUUUUUUUCCUUCUUUCUUGAAGUGCAAUUUUAACAUGUAUAAGAACACUGAACCGCAAAACCCUGUAGAGAUAAUCACUAUAAACGGAAGAGUAACGGCAAUGCCAACGUGUAGGGAUGGUGUGGUUUCAUUUUAUAUUUCAGCCCGCUGAAGCAAAGCCCAUUCUUCAAGCAGGAGGCAGGACUCGCCCGUGUCAUUAAAUAUAGCAAGAGCCACUUCACCUAUAGGGGGAGGCCACAGCAAAAAAAAAAAAAAAAAUGGAAAUGAGGGAAAUAUUUUAUUUCCAAAAGAGGUGCUUGUGGGUUUUAAGCAUGCAGUGAUCUCAAAUCUGGACAUCAAUGACAGCAGGGAUGCGAUAUUAUGGAGUAGGGAGCAUGACUCCCGGAGACUGGAGCACCUUUAGAUGGAGCACUUAAUUGAUGAUCAAACAGGGAAAGAGUAAACAAGCAGAAUUUUUGGUGGGGUAAUCAAAGCCCACAGAGGGCCUGGCACAGCACCAAGUAAACACACACGCACACGAUGCUCUAAUUGGUUUAUGGUGCAGUGGUUGUUAGGCAAAAAUAAUCCUCGUUUUCCCUCUAAUCAGAUACGCGUUUGCCAAAUGGCAUGAAUUUCCCCCCACAAUUAUUUUUUUUAAACAAACUAUCAAAUAAUAUAUUUUAAACACACAUAAUAAGAUGCAAUUAAAUAACUAAUUUAUUAAAUGUCUAUCAUGAUAACGACAAGCAGAUGCAUUCUCAUGUGUACCGUGAUGCAGUCGUAGCUAAACGUGCCCCUCACCCCCCCUCUGUAGAACAAUCCAUUGGUGGUCUUUUGCAUUUGUGAUAUACUGUACAUAAUAUCCAUUUGGUGACUUUCAUUGGUGACUUUACAGAGUACAAAGGAAAUACUAACAUGUAACUAUCAUGCUUCUAGGCUUCUAGUUCCAUGACCCAAAGUGCAGGUGAGAAUUGCGAAGAUGGCUAAAGGGUAUAUGAGAGUAUUCCGCAGAAUGGCCAGCUGAGAAAUCGGUGGGAGAACAGGUCGAGGCCCAGUGGGCUGAACCCAAGUGUUUGUCCCUGUUGGUUCAAGUUGAGCAUGAGGCUGAUUAUGGCUGUAAUGUACAGUUGUGGGAGUGGGGCGGGGCAAGUAUGUUCACCGGUAGUGUCCACCACUAUAUGGGCAGUACUGCCUCUCCCUCUUCUCUCAUUGGCUUAAGGCUUUUUUACGAGUGAUGGCAACCGUGUCUGCUGGACAGCCUAUCCAUUGUAUCAAACUCAAAUGAUACUUCAUUCGAUUAAAGGUCAAUGAUGCCUUUUUCUUGUUUCCUUUAUCCUUGCCUGAUGUCUGAAGGGCAACGGAGUGGCAUUAUAAGGUGACUUCACGCACAGUGAUGUGUUAGUCUGUCUCGAUGUUAAGUAGUCUUGUGUCAAAAGAGGUGGCUUGUUUCAUGCCAGAGCUGGGAGGAGGAGUUUGUGUGUUUACUGUGGCAAAUCCAGUUACCUCAAACUGUCAUAUUAAUAAAGGCAAGU